AUGAAGUGGAACACGGGUCUGCUCUUGGCGGUGGCCAUGCUCACCCUGCCAUCCCGGGGACUUGGCUCACGAAAUCUCACGGAAUUCAGGGGACAUCGACAGAAACGCUGGCUGAUCUACCAGAAUAGUGGGUCUAUGAAGUUUAGUAUUGGUCCAUCGUUACCCAUCCCAUUGGGCGACAAGGUGACCUUCCGUUCCUGUGUGCUCUCCUUCACGCUCCAAGGUGGAUCCUACUCCCUGCCCACCUCACCUAUCUGGCCGUGGGAUAAGUGGGAAGGCACCUUCGCUCGUUCCUUGACGCAAAUGCGUAGGAAUAUUGAGCGCCAUGUGGCUAAUGGCGGAGUGCGAUAUGCGGACGAUGCCAGGCUCUUGGUCUACACUGCUCUGGAGGAGUACAUGGGCAGGAGGAACAACGACCGAUCCAUGGGCAGACAAUGCCUUUUGCGCUCCAUAUGCGAGAAUGCUCAGAUCCAUCAUCAUAUCGGUGUGUUCUCGGAAAUUAUGGAUAUCGUACUCAGUCCCGGCAAAGCGGAUCUGGACAAUGCCUACCAUGAUGCCUACGCCGCGGGAAGAGCUGGAGCCAAUUGCUUGGGCCUAUACAGCGCCUGUCCUCGGGGUCUCAACUUCCUCGACGGGCUUUUGAUUGUGGAAGAUGAUUGA